AUGGGGUUAUUCUCUGCUCCCAAAGGUAAUGCCCUUUAUUAUUCCAAUUCAGAAAUGAGAUCACACCCUGAACUCCAUAGGAGGAAUCUGAAUGAAAAAGAAAGGCUGAGAAGUAAGUCUCCAGUCAAAGAAGAGAAAAAAUCAGAAGAAGGGGCUGAAACAGACAAAUCUAAUGAGAUACCCAACGAAGAGAUCACCGAAGACGGAGAAAUUACACAAGAAGCUGAACAAGAGAAGAAAUUCAAGAAGUUAAGGAAUAGAGAUCAAUUUGAUCCUGAAACCAGUAAGAACACCAAACUCAAUUCAUUGAUUUAUCAUACUAGUGAUGACACAGUGGACUUAUAUACAAGGGAAAAUGAUUCUAGUGAUCUAAUUGGUAGAAUAUAUUAUGAUGACUUUGAUUCUGAUUCAGUGACUUCACCAUUAGUUUCAGUUACUAACACCCCAUUAUUAUCACCAAAAUUUUCUGCUUUAAGUGGAAGUAGUCAUGUUGAUUACUUCAGUUUAAGUAGUAGUAGAUUGCCGUCAUCAACAAAUUUACACACCAUAGGCUCAGCUACUAAUCUUAAAGCUUCAAUGUCACAAACUUCAAUCGAUGAUAAAUUCAAAAAUGGGAUUUCAUUCGAUAUAACAGGAGCAAGUGAUAAAAAAUCGUUGACGUUGAAAGUCAAACAUCCAAAAUUCAAAUUCAGAAGGAAUAACAAGACAUUUUUAUGUGGUUAUAACGAUGACUUAGAAAGUUUGAAAGCGAUAAAAUGGUUGUUUGAUGAAAUGAUUAUACACGGUGAUACUAUUGUAAUUUUACAAGUUUUAGAUGAGAAGUUACAUAACAAGAUCGAUAAGAAAGUGGUUAAUAAGAAUUUAUUCAAGAUUGAAGAAUUGAAUAUUCAUAACAAGAAGAUAUCCAUUGUUUUUGAGGUUGAUAUUGGUAAACCUCAAAAGUUAUUACAAAGAGCCAUAGAUGAAUACAAGCCUCAGAUGAUGUGCAUUGGUAGUCAUCAUGAAGAUGAACAACAACAUCAUAAAUCCAUUUUUUCUAAAACGACAUUGGGAAGUUACUUCCUCCAAUAUGCUUUGGUCCCAGUUGUUAUAGUAAAACCCAAAUAUAAUCACAUCACUAUUUUGAAUAAUGAAAUCGAUUCGAUUGAUUAUUUCAAGAAUUGGUUAAAUAAUAUUGAUAUAAGUGAAACCUAUUCCAAAAAGAAGAAAAGACCAUCCUUUAAUAGAACAAACUCAGUUGAAGAUAGAGGUAGAACUUUGGAUAAGGAAGGUAGAUUUAAAUUUCUGAUUUCGGCUUCAAGAUCUAGAUCGACUUCAGAAUCAAGACAUUCCGAUGGAUCAAAUGACAAAUUGAUAGAACCUAUCCAUGAAAGAUCCACUUCGAAGGGAAGAACCAGAUUAUCCAGACUUUUCCAUAUAGAUGAUUAA